CCCCGCGUGUGUGUUGGAGACAGCGAGAGAGAGACAUGGCUGCGGAGCAGAGCCAGCAAUGGAGGAGGGUGUUCCAGCGUGAGGUGGUGAUGGCGCUGAACGCCUGCCGCUCCGCCCCGGUGCAUGUCAACAACGCGUCCGAGGCUCUCCAGUCGCCGUCGGAGGUGCUCCAGCCCCGCAUCGCCCAAGGCGCGGCGGCCUUCACCUUCACCCGGCUGCUACGGGCGGUGGAGAGCAUGACCAGGGCAUCCCAGUACUUAUCGCAAGCCCUGGCCAACAUGGGGGCCGCCGACCUCCUGGCGCGGCGCGGCUGCGGGCCGGUCCCGGCGGAGCCGGUGGCCAACACGCAGCGGCUCCACGACGAGUGGCUCGCCCUCGUCAGGCUCCAGGGCGCCAGGGAGCACGGCCAGGACGCGCUCCGCGUGCUCGACAACUGCAGAGGCCGCCUGUGCCCUGUGGACCAUCGCCUACAUGCUCGGCGUCGGCGGCCUCCUCCCUGGUGCUCCGCGCCCUGCCCCGUUCCCGGGACGCUACCUCGAAGCCCUGAUCCGCAACAUCGCCGCGCAUCUCGGACCCGUGUAUUUGAGCACAUUGAACAUGACGGCGCUUGCUUCCUUCGCCGCCGAGCCCGUCGCCCGCAUCCAGUUCAUUGUACUGCUUUCUUGGUCCCGUAGUGGAUGAGUACUGCCGACUGCUGAAACCAUGCCUGCGCGCAUGCCCCGUCCAAUUCCAACUCGGUCAUCUGUUGUUUCUCUCAUUUCUUGCAAGGAUGCUCUAGUUGUAGAUGGAUAAUGCUGCAGCGGUUGAUUCGUGGAAGCUUUGCUGUUGCUUGAUCUGAUAUCCCAAUGUUAAUUGUUGGCUACUUACUACUUCCACGUUAUAUGAUCCAUGCGUUUGUUGCUACC